UGCUCUGAUUAUGAGAAAUAUGUUGAGUACGUGCGUAUUUUUCAUUGGACUAGUUGGAGUUCUUGCUCCUCCUCCACCUAUUCCACCUUUCAUUGCCCUGUUGGAUGGUGAAGAAGGUGUCGCUGCUUGCAUUACAUCGUCAGGAGUAAAACAAAGCGAGUUGGAAGCAAUAAAACCAUUCGAAGAGAACAAGGUCAGUGAAAAUGUCCAGUGUUUCUUUAAAUGUAUGGCGGAAAAGAGAAAAAUGUUGAACGAAGACGGUUCCAUUAACAUUGAUGAAUUCAACAAAAGGCCUAAGCCGCCGAAGGUUAACGAGGAAUUUGAGAAGAAAAUAGAGGAAUGCAUUAAGAAGGUGAAGAUUUCAAGUUGUGCGGAUAUGGAGCAAAUAGCAGAUUGUUUUAAACACUGAUGUCCUAAAGAAAACACUUAAUAAAUUAAAUGAACAAA